UUGAAGGGAGAAUUAUGCCACCUGUUAUUUCUUGGUGGACCACAAUAUUUCAUUGAAAAGAAAGCGCGGUAAAAUUUCAAAACCGUUAUGACCUCUGUGGACAAUGAUUUGCACUGAAAGAGAGAAAUUUGCAUCGCUAAGACGGUUUUUUGUUGAACGAUACGUCUGUGCGUGAGUCGAGUUUCGAAUUUCCUGUCACUAUAGAAUUUCCAAUGGGUGGAAAGAAUUCAAACAUCUGCCAUGGAUUUAUGUGAUAUAAGGUGAAGAAUAAGACGCUAAAGAUCAAAUAUCUGUCUAUCAGGUUUUAAUUAACGAGCUGAAAGACAUUUUGCGUCGCUGGUAGGAAAGUCGGAUCUGUGUUGAUUUUCGUGUGUUACGCGUUGAAAUUAUCAACCUCGCCAUCUGGUGUUUUUUCUUGAUCUUUGACUUCGGAAAAGUUUUGACGAUAUUAAUUGACUUGUUUUAACAAGAAUUAGUGAUAACAGCAUUGCAAUGUGCUCUGUAAUGGAUUUGGCGGGCCUCAAUUCAUUUCUUAGAAAUUCAGCCUAAUGCAAGCCAGCAAUUGCGAUGGAUAUUCCAAGCUCAAGUUUAAAGUUUAAUUGAAAGAAAAUGUUCCCUCCACGAAGAAGAUGCAGAAAACUGCUGGUCUGGAUUGCUCUCGCUGUUGUUGCACAAAUAAUGUUUACCUUAUUCCUGCACGGAGAGUUUAAUUUCGCGCCAAUCGAGCGCACGAGGACGACAAAGAGAAUUACAAGGAGACAGUCACGUCUACGACUUCAGAGUCAAGGUGGCGAUCGUUUGGAAGAAGAUCAUAAGUUUAUCGCUCGUUCAAAGCUAGAACAUGCUCGUGGUAAGGACGAGGGUACAGAAUAUGUCGAAAGUUUGGUAGUUAAUGAAAUUAAAUCAACAGAUUUUCCGCGAAUGUCUGGAAGGAAUCUAAAGAACCCUUUGCGUGUCAACAGACGAAAUCAAUCCAUUAACCUCUCAACAGCGAUAAGCGGCCUUCAAGUAGUCAAAGAAAGAGAAAUAUUUGUUGAUCAGUCUGCCAGAAAGAAGCCUUAUUUUGAUCACGACUUGAGAGCAGAAGAUCCGAGACGAUUACACAACCUCACAGUGCUGGAAGAUGUAUUUAUCUCAAUCAAGACAACUGGUGAUUACCACGAAGCGCGCGUCACACUCUUGAUUGACACAUGGUUUCAGAAUGCUAAAAAACAGGUUCAUUUUUUUACUGAUCGUGAGGACAAUGAAUUAAAUGAACGUCUGGGAGGUCACCUUAUCAAGACUGCUUGUGAAACAGGGCACCAAAGGACGAAACUUUGUUGCAAGAUGCAAGCUGAGCUUGAUUUCUUUGUAAAAAACUUCAACACAAAGUGGUUCUGCCAUUUUGAUGACGAUAACUACGUCAAUGUUCAUACACUGGUGAAAACACUAAAAAAAUUCAACCCGCUCGAGAAUGUGUACCUGGGAAGACCAAGUCUGACGAAAGCGAUGGAGGCCUGGGACAGAUUGGACGGAUAUAACAGAAAGAAAUUUUGGUUCGCAACUGGUGGGGCAGGGUUUUGUUUGAGUCAUGCCCUGGUGGCAAGAAUGAGCCCUCACAUCAGUGAUGGCAAGUUUGCAGACAGCUGUGAGCGGGUUAAAGUUCCAGAUGACUGCACCAUUGGAUUUAUUAGUGAAUCUCUCCUUAACGUGAGUUUGACGAGACUGAAUCUUUUCCAUUCUCACCUGGAAAAUCUUCCAAGCAUACAACAAAACGAAAUUAAGGAACAGAUUAGUUUUAGUCAUGGUUAUUUCGGCGGUAGAUACAAUCGAAUCAACAUAGCUGGACCGUUUGACACGGAACAGGAUCCUACGCGGUUUAAAUCCAUCCAUUGCCUUCUUUAUCCGGAGACAGGCUGGUGUCCGAAGUCAGAGGACGUUAAUGAACAGAAGAAUCGUUCGUUGCAAUCCAAGAGAUAGCAAAAGCUUCCUCCCUAGAAGAGAUUUAAAAUUUAUUUUAGUUCAUUAUGAUGUUGUAUCAGAUAGCUAAAUUUUGUUCAAAUUUUCUAUUCGUUCUCUUUUUUAAAUUAUUCGUACAUGACGCGUUUUUACGAGCGUUCACUAUGGUUGUAUAAAAUAGUUCAAAAGAAAAUUAUUUGUAUAUUUUGAUGCAAGUACAGGUUACGGUGUGACCAUCAAAUUUGGAAAAGACUCACUUACGACUUUCAUGUACAGUUGUUCUUGUUCUUUUUUUGCAUGUAUAUGACGUCUAUCACUUUCAUUUAUCGUUGGAAUUAAAUGAAGACUCCUUAAAGUUCAA